UCCACCGAUCGGCCGUCGAACAACAUAAUGGAAAAAGUUUAAUCUCUUCCGUACUUGGUAACAAUCGAUUUUCGUGUUUUGCGAGAUGUUGAGCGGAAAUUCAAUCAGAAUGUUGUUAAUCUUCGGUUUGCUGAAAUUGGUAAUCGUGUUGGUGAGAUGUGAGGAACAAGAAUUUCGAAUGAUUAAUCAGUACGAAGAGUUGGAGAAGAACGAAAACUAUUCGAGAGUUAGUUGGUACGUUGCUAGUGAGCGAAGUUCGGUUGAGUGUGGAGGAGUAUUCAAAAGACUUCAAAAUGAGAUUAUGUCUCCAGGAUAUCCAGAACAGUAUGGAGAAGAACUGCGUUGUGAGUACACGUUCAAGUCACCGUUUGUCUGCAGCAGUCGGUAUCAUGUGCAGUUUUUGGAUUUUUCAUUGGAGCCAUCGAGAAAUUGCUACAAAGAUCGAUUGAUCGUUGGAAACGAAGAAAUUCUUUGUGGGACCGUACUUGGUUCAAAAACGUACAACUCGACGGAUGGCAUCUUGAAGAUGAAGUUUGUGACGGAUGGAUGGGGUAGUGACAGAGGAUUCCGGAUAGUGGUUACCAGACAGCCGUGUGACGAUAAUGAGCCGGUGGAGUCAUCGACAAGUUACACUGUUUAUACGACUAUUGAAGUCGCGGAGGAAACUACAGAGCCAAUCAUAACUCCUGAAGGUGAUUUCUUACCACCCAAUAGAACGUUUUCAGUGAGUAGUCGUCAAGAUAUUCCCCCGGAGUUUAAUCCUGGUGGAAAUGGAUAUCUUCCUCCCUCAGGAAGCACUAUUCCACCAUAUAAUCCAACAAAUGUAUGCCCUCAGCCUUGCAACCCGUACCCUAACUGCUAUCCAUACAAUCCUGGAACCAAUUAUCCAACGUAUCCUAGCUAUCCACCAAAGAUUCCUGGAUCUGUAACACCUAUUUAUCCCACGUACCCAACGUAUCCUGGAGGACCGGUGCCCGUGUCACCAAUUUAUCCCCCUACCAAUCCAGGCAAUAACUAUCCUAUCAAUCCAAACUAUCCAGGAACCAUAACUCCAAUUUAUCCAAAUCCAAACUGCCAGUAUGGUCCUUGUUCACCGAACAAUCCAACUUAUCCAAAUUACCCCAGUAAUCCACCGAUUAAUCCAUCGUAUCCAAAUUACCCCAGUAAUCCACCGAUUAAUCCAUCGUAUCCAAAUUACCCCAGUAAUCCACCGAUCAAUCCAAGCUAUCCAAAUUACCCCAGUUAUCCAGCCUAUCCACCCACCAACAGUGGUGGCGGUACUAACUCAAUAGGAGGUGCACCGCCUGGCUACCAACCAAACAUGCAAGAUCCGGAAUUUGAACUAGCCGAGAACGCUUCCUCUAGCAGACCUGAACAUCAGGACAUCCCAGUUCCACCGUUCCUACCCCCCGUCCAACCAGGUCUACAACAAUGCUGCCGCAACGUCUUCAACCAGAAACGCUUCUACCUAGUGAGUCCAAACUUUCCCAGCUACGAAACCAUCAACAGAGAUUGCGCCUACCAGAUCUAUCGAUUUUCACCCAACACCUGCCGGUUGAUCAUCACCUUCAAGUACUUCCUGGUGGGCGACGAUCGUUUGAACUGCGCUGACGCUUUCCUGGAAAUCGAUGGCCGUCGCAUCUGCGGUUGCCGUUCAGGAAUGGUCUACACCACUCAAUGGAAUAACUAUCCCAAGAUGCUCCGCGUACGAACCACACGCAAUCGCUUCCCAAACGUCCAGGGUUUCGUGCUGGAUGUCUAUCAGGAAAGCUGUCCCUAUCGCUACGUCCGAAGUCAUCCACCGCCGGCUCAGGACCGUUCCUACAACUAUCAAGCUCAACGGUUGGCUCCGCAAAACGUGACUACCGUUCAAAGCAACUCCAGUACGCUUUACACUUACUAUUACUACAAUGGAGAUCAAUCUGCGGAAAUCAAAGCUGCAGCACGAACGGUGCAACAAUAUCCGGAGGGACCUUCGUCCAAAUUCUUCUACCCACCAAGUGUUCAAUCGUAUGGUGCCUGCCAAUUCAACGCUCUCGAUUGGUUACGGCUCAAGGUUGAAUCACUGUGGAUCGCAAAACCGAGAUGUUAAACACGUGGUUUAAUAAAUUUGAAAACAGUAAUCUUAAGCUACCAGCGAAUCACGGCAAUUCGUGGUAGCCCCCCCGCAACUUCAUUCAUCGCACCAACCUCCAACUACCAUUCGAUU